AUGGUUAAUUAAGUUUAAUUUUCUAAGAGACCUUAACAUCUUAAAGAAUUAUUUAAAGAUUAAGAACAUAGUUAACAAGUAAUUGGAGCACCAUCAUAUGCUUAAAUUUUGUAAUAUCCAUCUGCACAUUCUAGACAAGUUGGAUUUGAAGUUCCAAUCUAAGUAGAACAUGAAUUACAAUUCAAACAUUAAGUGCAAACAGUUGGACUUACCAAAGUAUAUUAAGGACUACACGCUUAACAUUAAGUAUUAUCAGAAUUACACUAUAUACAUCCAAUAAAAGAACAAGAAGAAUUUACAGUUGACAACUAAAUACAUGUUUAAUCAUUUUGAUUAUAUGU